AUGGAGACCUCAAAAGCCCAAGACCAACCUGCCCAGCCCCCAAAACAAGCAGCAUACGCCCAGUCAUCCAAUCCCGUCUCACAGACGCCACAAGAGCAACGAGCACCACAAGAGCAACGAGCACCACAAGAGCAACGAGCCACUACUGAACCGAACCGACACCACGGCGAUACAAUCGGGGCAAUUAAACGCACAGCUGAAUCCCGUCCCUCGAGCGACCAAGAACGAGCUCGUCUGAGAGAACAGCACCAGCAACAUGAACAAGAAAAGCAAAAUGCAUCCAACGUCGAUCUAGAAUAUGGCGUCGAGCAGCAGCCUGCUGAGGGGUAUAUUGCGGAUACGGUUCAGCGUAAGGGGAUGGGGAUGCAGCGCGCACAGGCUGGUGCUCAUGCUGGUCCUGUUGGGAGUGCGCGUGGACCUGGUCAUCCCGGCUUCGGGGAAGCGGAUGAUCUAGCGGCGAAUUUGGGAUCGAAGAAGGUUGAACAUGAUCGGAUUCUUGGUGAUAGAGUUGGAAGGAGUCCGACUGAGCCACAGGGGGAGGGGGAUGUUGCGGAGAGAGAGGCUGUUAGACGACGUAAGUUGGAGCGGGAUGAGAAGUUGGAUGUGCAGGGAGCGGUUAAGCAGGCUACUGGUGAUCCCGUGGUGGGUAAAUAG